GUCGUUCGCCUUUUGAUGUGAUGCGCUCUCGAUAUACAGAGCCAGAGUCUUUUUAUCGCCCUCUUGUCGGCCCUUUGAGCGAGGGAUCCUGAACGGAUAUGGGUCAUAUGCUGUUGCCGAUAUGUGCAUCAACCCUUCGCUCGCCUCUCCGCGACCGGGGGCUUCGAGGACUCACCCGUGAUUUGAUCAUCUGUCACUUGAACCGCAAGACCAACGUCGUCUUGGUUGUCUCGCACCUGCACCGCAACCCCAAGUACUGGAAGGAUCCCAAUACCUUCAACCCCGAUCGCUGGAGCGAGCCGAUAGUGCCUGGCAGCUUCUUGCCAUUUGGCGAUGGUCCGAUGAACUGCAUCGGCCAGAAAAUGGCCAACAUCGAAACCAAGGUGUUCCUUAUCCGAACGCUCCAGCGGUAUAACCUCAAGCUGCUCGACCCUAGCCAGCUCCGCAUUAUCUUCUCGGCCACCCAGGGCUACAAGGACGGCGUCGAUGUCUUGGUCGAGAGACGAGUCCAGUAGUUGAAGAUGCCAAACCCCUCUGGGACCAUUUCAAUGUCCAGUCCGUCGCUAGCCCGCCAGCUGUGACUCGGGUGGUUCCACCUUCGGCCUACCUUCCGCUUCCUUCUCCUACUCUUCUUCUU